AUGUCAGAUAACCCAAAUCCAGUAAUUUAUGUUCAAGAAAAUGAAAUUAAAGAUGAGGAAGAUGUUUUAAUGAGUUCAAGAUAUUCAUUGGGCGAAGAUGAACUUGACCCAUUUGAUGAAGAAGAGAUUUUCGAUUUAGUACGUAAUAUUACAGAUCCAGAACAUCCAUUAACAUUAGAACAAUUAAAUGUAGUACGUGUCGAAAAUAUAAAUAUUGAUAUAAAAAAGAGUUAUAUACGUUUAUAUUUUACACCAACCGUACCCCAUUGUUCAAUGGCAAAUCUUAUUGGACUUUCAAUUAAAGAAAAAUUAGCAAGAUCACUCCCAAAACGUUUUAAAGUUGAUGUUAUUGUAACACCUGGUAGUCAUUCUUCAGAAUCUUCUGGUAAAUAUAUAUAUACUAUAGUCAAUUAUUAUUAA